AUGGCUAAGAUGGAAGAUAGGAUUGCUCAUGAUGGUUUUUCGUUGGAUUUAUUAAAGCAUCAGUUUGAAGCAUUAAGGCAAAUGAGAUGUAAACAAGAAUUAUGCGAUGUGACCGUGAUUGUUAACCACACCCAUACCAUUUAUGCUCAUCGGGUACUUUUAGCAGCCUAUAGCUCUUAUUUCUUCGCUAUGUUUAAUACUGAUAUGGUAGAAAGUCGAUUAGGUGUUCUACACAUUGAUGAUAUCCAGCCUAAUCUUAUGGAUCAAUUGAUCGAUCUAGCUUAUGGUAUAGACUUACAUAUUGACGAUGAUAAUGUUGCAGACAUGCUAUCAGCAUGUCAUCGAUUACAAAUUUCAACUGGUAUUAAUCGAUGCUGUGAUUACUUGAUACUAUCAUUGCAUCCAUCAAAUUGCUUAGGUAUAUUGAAAUUUGCUCGUAUUAAUCAAUGCCAAAUUGUUAUCGAUGCUGCUAGUAAGUAUUGUUGGCAUCAUUUUACGGCUAUAUGUGAUGAAGAAGAAUUUACUUUGUUGUCAUUGGAUGAAGUACAAGAGUACUUCAGCAAUGAUCACCUCCACGUCAAGGAAGAAGCAGAAGUUUUACGAUCCGCUGUUAUAUGGUUAUUGCAUGAUUGGCAACAACGCCAUCCAUCGUUAUCGGCUGUUAUGGAUUGUAUACGAUUUUCCUAUAUAAGUAAGGAAGAGAUUGUUUCUAUUGCGCGUAAAAAUUGCCCUGCGGAUAUCUUUCAAUGCAUUGCUGAUUACUUAAGUGAUAAAUCGAAUCGCAAGAAACGGAAACCUGGACAACGUCAUUAUUCAUCUGCUGUCUUCAUUAUCGGUAGUACUAGUCUAGCCAAUUGCUGUCGACGAUAUAAUAUUUGUAGUCGUACAUGGGUUAAGAUGCCAAGCUUGGUUGAAAAGAAAUUGAACACCUUAGUUGGUGAUAUAGAUGGCAAGUUAUAUGCCAUUAGUAGUACACCUGCCAGUGAUGAGAUAACAGAAAUAGGCCAAAAUUUGGAAUGUUAUGAUCCUAAUCAAGAAUCAUGGACAAUAAUAUCUGCCUUACCCUCUUGUCGAUGGCAAUUUAGUAUGGCAUGUAUUGACGAUAGGAUCUGUUUUAUUGGUGGGUACAAUUUUAAAAAUGGCUUCUCUCAUUUGGCUACUGUCGAUUGCUAUCAUCCUAAGCUAAAUCAGUGGACAAAAUUACCUGAUCUACCUGAGAAACGACGUGGAAGCUGCACUGCUUUCUUACAAGGUAUACUUUACGUCAUUGGUGGACAUGAUGGUACGCGUAUCUUAAGUAGCUGUGAAUGCUACGAUAUGACACAACAAUGUUGGCUACAUAUAAAUGAUAUGAAAGUUCCACGCGAAAGUCAUAAAGCGAUCGUUAUUAAUAAGAAAAUCUAUGUUAUUGGUGGCAUCUCUAAAAGUGGUUAUACUAAAUGUGUUGAAUGUUAUGAUCCAGUGACAAAUAGUUGGCAAUGUUGUGCUAAUGCACCUGUGAUUUAUCCGCGCCAACAAGUAGUUUCUCUCAAUAAUCGAUUAUAUUUAUUAAAUAGCGAUACAGAAUCCCCUGUUUUAUGCUAUAAUACGAUGGAAGAUAAAUGGUAUAAAAGCCGAUGGCCGAAAUUUGCUGAGGGUUAUAACGGUGGUACCGCUAUCUCUUGUGCAUCGGUUGAUGGCCUGUAA